GUUAUUGGUCAAAACUAUUUAAUUGUCAAAAUUUAAUAAAACAUAUACCAAAAUAUUUUUGCAACAUUAAUAAUUUAAAUAGUGAAUUUUCCAAUAUACAAACAGCUCCAUUUAAAAUGAAUAUUGGUCACUUCGAAAAUUUUAAAGCCUUGUUUACUCCUGAACUAUAUAAAUUAAAAGAAAUAUUUAAAAAUUAUAACCAUCAAUUAUGCCUAGCAGGAGGUCCUGUACGAGAUAUAUUAAUGGGCAUUAUUCCUGAAGAUCUUGAUUUUGCUACAUGUGCCACUCCAUUUCAAAUGAAGGAAUUUUUUACAUCUGAAAAUGUAAGAAUGUUAAAUAAAAAUGGGGAAAAGCAUGGAACUAUAACUGUGAGAAUAAAUGAUAAAGAAAAUUUUGAAAUAACUACCUUACGAAUUGAUAAAGCAACUGAUGGAAGACAUGCAGAAGUUGAAUUUACAAAAAAUUGGCUCUUAGAUGCUAAUCGAAGGGACCUUACCAUAAACUCAAUGUUUUUAGAUCUCGAAGGUACCUUGUACGAUUUUUGUGGUGGCAAAAGUGAUCUUGAUGAAAGGAAAAUAGUAUUUGUCGGAGAUGCUGAGACUCGUAUAAAAGAAGAUUACCUCAGGAUACUUAGAUACUUUAGAUUUUAUGGGAAAAUAUCGGAUAAAGAACACAAUCAUGACCCUAAAAUUUUAAAAAUAUUGGGAGAAAAUAGCGAGGGACUAGCUCAGAUAUCUGGCGAGAGGCUUUGGGUCGAGCUCAAGAAGAUUUGUGGUGGCCAAUACGUUUAUUCUCUGUUCAAAAUCAUUUUCGACCUCGGAAUAGCUAGCUACGUUGGAUUGCCAGCUGCUAUCGAUGUUGACACCCUGCAAGAAUUAUAUCGAGUUUGCAAAGUGACCAAUGGACUGAAACCUAAUCCAGUUACCAUCUUAGUAUCUGUGCUCACUCCCCAGGACCUAAAGAUUCUCAACCAAAGGCUCAAGCUUUCCAACUCCGAUCUGGCCAUAUCUGGUUUCAUAAUCGACCAAAGACACAAAGAUUUUAAUAAUUAUAACCACAAAAAGAGUGGCCAAGAUUCUCCUCACACUAAUGGCACCUUACAGCAUGCAAAUAAAAUAUUCCAAAGUAGAGACCUGAAAUACUACAUUGACUUGAUGGUCGACUCUAAGUCGCCGGGUAAAACAAAGGAAAAAAUCAUAGAAUAUUUGAAGUAUAGUGGUGAAAAGGGUUUAUUGAACGAUUUCAUUUCUGCCGAAAUACCCCGGUUUCCGUUAACUGGCCAUGAUCUGAUGGAAAUGGGAAUUCCUAAGAGCCCCAAUUACGCCAAUAUUAUGCAAGAGCUGCGAAACGCUUGGAAAGACUCUAAAUAUUCAUUGUCCUAUCAAGAACUUUUGCAAAAGCUUAAAACUUAUACUAAAGCUUCUAGCUGAUUAAUUCCAUUUCUAUGUGUUUAUUUGAAUUUUAUGCAUAAAAUCAUUUUUAUACAAAUA